AUGACUGGCGCGCGCCGCACACGCAGUGGACGAUCCAUCUCCCAAGAACCUACCGGACAAGGCCACCGCACCAGAAAAACCCCCGGUCCUGUGGAUUCAGGCGACUCAGCUGCAAUUCCAACUACAUCGUUUGGCAGCCCUUCGCUGCAAGCCUUGCAGGCUCAGCACUCUUUCGCGUAUGGAGCUACCGGAAGCCCCGCGUUACCCCGACAGUUGCGGAUGUGCCCACCUACUGGGGCGACGGAGAUGGCGGCCAACAUUGAAGGCCGGUAUUUAGAGACACAUGCCAACGAUUUUGAGCGUAUUGAAGAAGAGGCCCGUGCGAACCCAGGAACUAGAAGAUCGACUCGGUCCGGAGCGAACACUGGAUCCGCCCGCCAGUCAGUCUCACCUGUUCGCCGAACACCAGGUCAACGUGCCCGUAAUCGUGAGCCUACCCCUGACGACCAACUUCUCGAAUCUCUCCGAGAAGCCUCUGAAGAAGCAGAGGAAACAAAAGAGACGAUCCUUCCCAGCAUAGAAGACUCUAGCGUUAGUUGGAAUACCGAACGCCACAUUCUUGGUGAUCCGAGAAGCGUCCCUACGGCCACUUCGUCUGGUGGCAGUCUUAGCCAAAGUCAACGGCAACGGGAAGCAGCCCAUCCAAUGGCUGGCCCACCGCUCCGGCCGUACACCCGCUCGCAGCCUCGUACUACAUUCCAGGCUUCCCAAGCGGUUCGGUCUGGAUCUUCCGCCGCGUCUUCCGCCCAGCCAGCUCCCCGACUCGGCGCAGCUCCCGUCCUCAGCCCACCCCAAGCAGAGGACAACGCUUAUGCUACCCCUAAUCCCAGGAGGCAGACCCGUUCUGUCUCUCAGCAAACGAUGUCGUCAACCGCAAGCCAACGUCAGCGAGGUUUUUCUGUCAUAAGCUUGGGGCUGAUGAUAACUAUUUUUAUGCUUGCGGUUGCAGGGAUGCUUUUCCGGUUCGACGAUAUUGAGAUGAUCGGAAAAAACAUACUCCAAAAUGGGAUUGGCAAGGAAUUCAGCCUGCCAUCAUCGUUCUGUGGUGCGCAACCUCCGACAAGUCAAUACAUUGAAGCCUUCGAUAAGCUGUCUGCUGGAGUGGACCGACGACUCGCCGAUAUGGCGCGAGACGUGGCCACCCUUAAAGACGAGUGGAAUAGACGGUUGCCGCACCUCAAACAGGCGAUAUGGCCUGAGAUGGAAGACCCAUUGUUGCCUCGAAAAAUCAACUGGUUCUCUGUUGGUAUGGGGGCGUUCGUGGACCCAUACCUCACCACCAAGCACCGUUCCGGACUUCUCCACCGCGGUGCUGAGCGCGCUGCCGGCAUGAGAAAGACAAACCCUCCGGUUGCUGCUCUCAGCCGCUGGGAAGAACAUGGUGAUUGCUGGUGCGUUAAUGACCACACCAGUGAGAUUCAACUCGCCGUGCUCCUUGGCCGACCUUUGGUUCCGGAAGAGGUCGUCAUUGAGCAUAUCCAAAAAGAGGCAACUUUGGAUCCUGAGUCGGCGCCUCGGGAGAUGGAACUUUGGGUUGAGUAUGUGGCCCGGUCGCAUGCUGCCGCUCCUUCAACCACCCUUCCUGGUUUUCGCGCAACGGGCGCUCCAGGACGCUCGGACCAGACAGCGACAUCCUCACCGGUGUCCACACGGCGACCGGAGUUGCUCGAAUCCUCGGCAGAGGCUCGCGCAGCGUUUGCUGGUCCGCUCUCCCCAUCGCAGCACGAAGAUAUAAUCUCCACCCUUCGAAUGGCAUACCCGGACGAGCCAGAGACGGCUUAUUCGCACGAUACGAUGCUUGGCUCAAGUUUUUAUCGUAUUGGCAAGUUCCAAUACGAUAUCAAUGGUAAACAUAACAUCCAGAAGUUCCAUUUGGAUGCCGUCAUUGACCUGCCAAACAUCCGCACGAAGAAAGCCGUGCUCCGGGUCAAGUCAAACUGGGGUUCCGUGAACACAUGCGUGUAUCGCGUGAGACUACAUGGUCACAUGUAGGUCCGGUCCGCGACCGUGGGUUCGACAAUCAGAGAUUGGAACAGCGAUCAUGUAGAGUGCGGCAGCCACAUUGCUGUUUCCCGCGUCCUAGGGCUACGACUGUUCCUUUACGAAUCAUUCUGGCGAAUAUAUCCCCUCCUGUCGGCAAUUUGCAGGAGUAUCAGCUUGAGGCUUGUUGGAUCUUCCCCCUUUAGUGUUCGAUUCCUGGGGCUGAGUCCUUCUUGGCUUCCGAGAUAAACAUCUUCGGUGGGUGGAAAUCCCGCUUCCUCAUGUUGAUAUACCCUGUCGCAUUUCGCUGGAUAAGAAUGCGGGAUUAUUUAUGAAUAGUUCCAGUGUUUCUCCCUUUUUCGUUGAUUCACGGCCUCUCUGGACUCAAUUUUGGGGUGUCCGUUUUCGAUGUAUUGUUUUGUCUCAAUUAUGGCGACUUUCUCACUGAGGGUCGAUACCCUGUCUCAUCCUCCCUCUUCGGUGCAUCGAAAACGGAAUACUGGCUUGCGGUCGACAACUUUCUAAAUACUGUCUUUUUGAAGAAGUGUGGAAUGGCGUUUGGUAAUUGAAACAGGCGUCUUUUUUACGUGGAUGAUGCAUUCGGAUAUACGGAGUAUGUCUUGGAUGAAUAUGCCUUGGCGCUAAUGCAUGGUUACGGAGUACUCCGUACACUGGUGUCUUUCAUGCAUUGAGUGAGCGGAUCGGAAUU